GACUAUCUAGCGGAGCGAGAGAGAAGGGGGAUGGAAGAAGAGACCAGGGUGCCGGGAAUCCUGGAUUGUAACACUCUGCUCAGCACCAUCUCCAAUGUUUCUGUAAGCAUCCACCCUUAAAAGGCUGUGAGGAUACUUCUUUUGGAUCGGAGGUCCCCUUAUGCCAGCUGUUCUGAGCAUCUGAAGCCAGUUCCCAGAGACAAAAGACCCCUUCUGGACCUUGGUAGCCAUGCCCCCGAAUAAGGACACCCCGGGUUGCCUGGGCUCUCCUCCAAGUCUGAUCUGCUUGCCGCCUAUCUCUGAAGACCUCCAGCUGGUCUGGACCCAAGCAGCGCAGACAAGUGAACUCGAUGGUAACCAGCACCUGCUGCAGACUUUCAGCUACUUCCCGUACCCCAGCCUUUCUGACCUGGCCUUGCUCUGCUUGCGUCACGGGCUGCACAUGGAGAAGGUCAAGGCCUGGUUCAUGGCCCAGCGGCUACGCUGUGGCAUCAGCUGGAGUGCGGAAGAGAUCGAAGAGACUCGGGCUCGCCUCAUUUACCAUCAGGACCAGCUUCACUUCAGCUGCCUGCUUGCUGGGAGCAAUGGCGACUCCUGUCAUCAGUCUUAUAAGAACCAGGAAUACCACCAUCCGGUACCUGCCCCUCUGUACCACCCUAUUAAAUAUGAGGAGAACCAGCACUGUGAUGUCACAUCCUCAAGCCAUUGCAGCACAGCCCAGGGAACGAGGGAACUUGGGAGAAUCAGUCAGAACAUCUGGGAACGGAAGGGAAAUGGCUUGUCACACCCUAGCAAAGCUCAGGAGAACUGUGAAUCUGCUUUUCAUCAUAAUACCAAAGAGAUCCUUUCCAGUGCUUACCUACCCACCACAACCACCAGCUGGGAUUACAAAUUCCAGAACGCUCUCACAAUGGCCUUGGACGUCACAAAAGCCUCUCCACAGCCGUCUGAACCGAUCGUCGCAUCAGCUGUGAAUGGCAAACAUCACCCAGUGAUUCCUCCAGCAUGCUCUUCUAUCAAAGCUUCCUUGUCAUCAUCCACAGCCACUUCUGUUGAAUCAUGCAAUCCACAAAACUGUCAUGACCAGCAGCAAGUUUCAGGCUGCCUUUCGGAUGCUUUGCGCAAACCUAGGCGAAAGACAAAGGAACAGUUGGACGCAUUAAAAUCGUUCUUUCUGCAUUGCCAGUGGGCCAGGCGGGAGGAUUAUGACCACCUGGAGCUGGUCACUGGGCUGCCACGGGCCGAGAUCAUCCAGUGGUUUGGAGACACGCGCUAUGCCCUCAAACAUGGUCAACUGAAAUGGUUUAGGGACAAUGCGGGACAGAGUUCGGAGCCUGCCAUCUCAUUGCCUCCUCAGCCGCUCCAGCCUAGUCAUCCGGACACAAGACUGUUGGAGCGGUACUGGGCAGCCCAUCCCCAACUGCAGGAUAAUGACUUGCCACUGCUUUGUCAGGAAUCGGGUCGCUCCCAUUCGCCAGAACCAUAUGAAGUGGAGGUAUGUUUGGAGGAGGAGGAAGAUGAGGAAGUGAGAGCGGCUAUGUUAAAAGAGGAAGAUGAAGACUAUGAAGAAGAAGAAGAAAUAGAGGAAGAUGAUGACGAUGAGGAAUGGACUAUAUAGGACAUUAGAGAUUAUGGGUUUCUGGGAUGGCUUUGAGGGAGGGGAGAAGCUGUUUAGACCUAGGUCUCACCCUAUCAGGUUCUUGCCAUUUGCCCCUGCUCCAAAAUAUAAAACUGGGCCCUUUGAAUGCUCUGGAAUCUUGUGUCUUCCUUUUAAGCUCUAGAUAUUCAGUAAAAAAAAUGUCCUUUCCUUUCCACUCAGAUCUGCUCACAAAACAGUGUUGGAAAAGGGAGUUCCAACACUGUCUCAUGAUUCAGGAUCUGUAGUACAAAUCCCUUCAGUAGUUUUCUAGAAUCUGGAAAGAUAACUAGCUUUCUUUAGACUACUUUUCUGUUCAUUGCACUUGUAGAUUCCAUAUCUUUUUCUGCCUAUGGAACAUAAAUAGGCAAUCUUUUGGCCCAAGUGCUGGGCAAAAACCAACAUGUACCUGUAAUGUUGGUGUGUUGGCAAACGAAAAGGGAGGGCAGGAGAUGAGGUUCAUACUUGACAAACCAUGUUGGGAGCAGGCUAAGCCCCAGUGACAUUGCUAGUGUCUCAGGAGCUUGCCUUUCAUGUGGCUGGCACCUGCACCGGUCCAGGUGAUGACAGCAUAAGCCACACCUCUCACCUUCUUCCAGGGCCCAGUUGUGCUGUGAAAUUCUCAUGGGGUUCCCUUGUUGCUUAGGCAGAGAUCUGGCCCUGGGCUUGGAGCAAAAUGGCUGUCCAACAUACAGGUUUGAGGUUGCCUAUCCCUGCUGUAGAAUCCUGUUGUUCUUUUCUUCUGUUCUUGAAUUGUAAAGACGGCACUACCCCCUUCUUAAUGAUAAGAAUAGCAUUCAAAUCUAGGGAUUUCUCCCUCUUACCAUUGACCUCUCUUAAUUUCUGCUUUGUCUCCCUUCUUCCUGCUAAUUCUUUCAAGAAGCUAGAUACGCCUUUCAGUGUCACAGCUGUAUGGUCUUCGACUUAAGUACCUUCUUUCCAG